AUGAAGAACGGCAAUCCCGAAACAGUGACGCUGGUCAUCGACACGAGUCGUCAGCGAACAUCUAACGCCGACACGGGCAAAUCGCCGCCCUGCUCACUCAGAACGCCCGACACCUCCAGCACCGAGACCACCAUUCUCUGGUCCGCCCGCGCGUCCGAGUCCGCAUCAGCCAGAACGCCAUCUACAGCACUCUCCAGCAAAUCCAACUGCGGCCGCGCUUUGCUCGCCCACCGCCCAAACUCAGACUUGACCUCCGUCACCACCACGGGUAACCCGGAAUGGCUCAUCUCCAAGAUCGACGAGUACUUAGCCGAUCUCUCAGCGACGCUGCCUGUUCCUCACCUCUCGAAAGCGUGCCGUCGCUCCCUCAAGCUCGACCUCGAUCCACUGAAGCUGCUCUCCGUCGAGCGAGCCCUGCCGUCGUCACCGGACGCCGUCCGACGCUCACACCUGUGCAUCCCGCCAUUGCUCCUCAGCAGCGGCAGUAGCAGCGGAAAGAGCUGCUCGACCUCGAUGCCGUCGUCACCGCUCGACUUUAACGACGACCUCUUCUCGCCGCUCUUCUACCGCUGUUUCAGCAAGCCGGACUCCAGCUUGGUUUGUGAAGACGCCGCGCCAUUCCCGUACAGCCCGUGCCAGGAAGCUGUGUGUCUCGAUCGGGGUGUUUUGGAGAGUACGGGUUGGGAACGGUUUAGUGGGAGUGGUCGGGAACAGUGGAGACGACCGAGCGUGAUUGAUAUUUGCAUGGAAGCGGCAAUGGCGGUGAGCUCGGAUGCGGAUGGCAAUGAGGUGGGCAGCGAGGCAAUUGGAGGGAGCACCGCCUUUUUGCCGAUGCCGAUGCCGAGUAUACGGCUUGAAGCGGCGAAGGAGGGCGGUGCGGGGGAGGUGGUGGAGGACGAUAAGGUAGGCCAUACGCUUCAGAGCGCAGCGUCGUCUGUGUGUUCAUCCUCGAAGCAAGAGCUGGUGUACUGGUGUCGAGAGGAGAAGGAGGCAUCGCAAGGCAGCGUAGGCAACUCGCCAGUAGCGCUCCAUCUCCCCGCAUCCACUCUAGACGUCUCGUUCCCCGCCUCUCUGAAUGCGCAGCUCUCCACCCCGGCAAGACCAGCAGCACCAUCGCUACACGUCCCCGCACACACCCUCCUCCCCCCCACUAUCCCGCCGCGCCGCGGCCUCUCCCGCUCUGCCUCCGCCGGUAACCUCACCCGCGUGUCCACCCCGCACACUCCGCACACCACCAGCAGCGAGAGCUUGCACCACUUCUGCAGUGCGACGCGGAGCAACACCGAACCGAAUAAGCCCGCUGCUACCGCUACCACUGUCGCUGCCGAACGAACGCCCCCGCGUGCAUCGUCGAGACGGGCAGUUGAGGUGUCGCCGACGAGCACGCAGAUCGUGACAGGCGUACGGAAGAUAAACAAGCUCAAGCAGCUGUUGGGCGAAGAGGUGGGGUCUCACAUCGGCGUCACUCCUGCCGCUUUAUGUACACCGGCGCGCGCCUCACUGGAAGAAGACCUGAUGGCGCCGCUGCACACACGAAUCACUCGCGACACGAAACCCUUACCCUGCCUGCCCGCCUCGCGGUCUCUGCAGCGCAGCCAGACCACCGCUUCCACUUCUACUUGCGCUUCCACUUGCGCCCCGGCCACGCGCCACGCCAACAGAGCGGUGCUGGGCUCGCACAGGCCGCGCGACAAGAAGUGCUGUGCGACUGGUGGUGAUGGGAAUACGGGCAGACCGUCGACGACGAGAGAGCGGUGCAACUGUACGAGUUGCGAGGCGAGCGAUGCGACCAAGCAGGCUCUGAAACUGGCAUUGACGGGGACGAGUCUGAGGCUGCCCCCGCCGCCACCGAGGCCUGUGCGUGCUGGGCUGAUGCAAAGGCCGAGCACGUCCGGAUCUAUGAAAGCGAGGAAGAUCGCUAGAGAGGCGAGCUUUUUGGAUGUCGAAUAG